AUGGCGGAGAGCGGAGACGUGGACUUAGGGCAGCUGUCUGCAAGUCAGCAAGAGUCCCUGCAGCAAUACACAAGUGUUACAAAUCAAGAGCUCAAGGAUGCGAUACCGCUAUUGCAGCGAUCGCAAUGGAACGUUCAGAUCGCCAUCGCCAAGUUCUUCGACGGUGAGGGACCUGAUCCUGUCGCAGAGGCAUUGGCACAGGACAUUCCUCGGACAGAAGCGCGGCACGAGAACCUCCAAGAGAGUCUGCUUGCCUCGGCCGGCCGUCCACCGGCGCUUCGGAGAGAUCGACCUGACCCAGCGCCGCGAAUCGUUCCUCAAUCGAACAGAGUCCACCGGCCGCCAUUUCUCAUCGGGCUACUUUUGGCGCCCUUCAGUAUCGGUUACAGCAUUGCAUCCAAGAUGUUCCGGACCGUCUUCUACCUCCUCAGCUUUCUUCCCCGACAGAUCCGGCCACGAACUAUCACAAGCGGAGCAGGAAAUGGGCUGCGGAGUACCAACGGGCGCCGGAUGCUGAUGCCCAGAGACACGGCCGCGCGUUUCAAGCGCGAAUUCGAAGAAGAGUAUGGCAACACGGAACUGCCGUGGUUCGAGGGCGGGAUCGCUCAGGCACAAGACCUGGCCAAGAAGGAACUCAAAUUCUUACUUGUCGUCCUUAUGUCACCGGAACACGACGAUACCGAAUCAUUCACGAAGGAAACUCUAUUGAACCCGGAUGUUGUCAGCUUCAUCAACGAUCCGGCGAACAAUGUCAUUCUGUGGGGCGGUAAUAUCCUGGACUCGGAAGCGUACCAGGUUGCCCAAGAAUACAACUGCACAAAGUAUCCAUUCUCAGCGAUCGUGUGCCUCACACCGAAGGAAGGGAGUACCAGAAUGAGCAUCAUCAAGCGGCUGGCUGGCCCGAUGCCGGCUGCUGCGUAUCUUUCAGAGGUACAGACCGCCAUCAACAAAUACGCACCAGAUUUAGCAGGCGUUCGAGCAGAGAGGUCAGCGCAAGAGGUGGCGCGCAGCCUGAGGACCGAGCAAGAUACUGCAUACGAGCGAUCGCUGGCCAAGGACAGGGAGAGAGCACGACAGCGGCGGGAGGCGGAGAAGGCGGCGGCAGAAGCUGCGCGCAAAGCUGAGGAGGAUGCCGAGGCUGCGGCAAGGCGCGAGGAGCAUUGCGAGAAGUGGAAGCGCUGGCGGGCGACGACGAUGGAGGACGAGCCACCAGCGAGCAAUAAGGACGUGGUACGGAUUGCGCUGAAAAUGCCCGAGUCGUCCGGUGCCGGAAGGAUUGUGCGCCGAUUCCGGAACGACAACACGAUGGAAACGCUAUAUGCUUUCGUGGAGUGUUAUGAUAUGUUAACGGCAUCAGAGGAACCGGCAGAGAAGGCCGCAGUCAAGCCCGAGGGGUACGAGCACGAGUAUCAGUUCCGCAUUACGUCUGUCAUGCCCCGGGUCGUGUAUGAACCCAGCAAGGAGGAGACGAUAGGACAGAAGAUUGGGCGGUCAGGCAACUUGAUUGUGGAGGAGGUCUCAGUAGACGGCGAGUCUGACAACGGUGAAGAAUACUCGUCUUGA